GCAAAAAGGUUUGGAGUGGGAGGAGUAAUAGAAUUAUCAGGAGGAAACAGGUGGGGGUGAAAUUGCAGUGCAGAUCAGGGAAGAUGAGCAGUGGUGGUGUAUGGAAAUGGCCAACAUGAUGAUGAUCAACCACUGCGGCGGCGGCGGCGGCGCGAUGGCGGGCAAGCCUGCAUGGCUACAGGCCCUCAUGGCCGAGACGUUCUUCGGGACUUGUCUCCUCCACGAGAACCGCCGCAAGAGCGAAAAGAACGUUUUUUGCCUCAACUGUUGCCUUAGUAUUUGCCCUCACUGUCUCCCUUCCCACCGCUCUCAUCCUCUCCUCCAGGUCAGACGAUAUGUUUAUCACGAUGUGAUUCGAUUGGGUGAUCUUGAGAAGCUUAUUGACUGUUCCCAUAUUCAGCCGUACACCAUAAAUGGUGCCAAAGUGAUAUUCUUGAAUUACAGGCCACAGUCUAGACCAUGCAAGCAAGGCUCCUCCAACGCUUGCUUUACCUGCGACAGAAUUCUCCAAGAGCCCUUCCAUUUUUGCUCCCUCUCUUGCAAGGUUGAUCACAUGGUAUAUCAGGGGGAAGAUUUAUGCGGCAUUCUACACAGGUUCGACGAGUCGGAUUUCUCAUACUCACAGUUCGAGGGGCUGAGAGUGGACGGGCUGGAAGGAAUCGACGACGACGGCCAAAUGACGCCAAAUUCCGGCGUGGAAGAUCCGUCGCAGUUCAAUAAAGCCUCGUCUUGCUCGAAUAUGAGCGAGUUAGCCCCCACCAACAACUCGGUCGUCUCGUCGGGAACUCACAUCUUCAAGAGAAAGAACAAGGGCACCGAUUUCCUCCCCGCCGGAAUCGUUCUCUCACUCAGUAGCAGAAGAAAGGGCGCCCCUCAAAGGGCCCCUCUUUCUUAGACGUCGGAAUCGGAUACCAUAUUAACCAUCAAAUUUCCCAAAAAAAAAAAGUAAAAAAAAGAGAGAGAGAUUAAUAAAUAAUUCAAGGUCAGAUCGAGUUUGUUUCUUGAUUAUAUAUGCAAUUUAAAUUUGUGGAUUUCGUUAUAUAAAUAGCGGUAUUAUCCCGGUAGGGGGAUGGUAUUGGCAAGUUAAUUACACGGCGGUGGGUGCAGGUAUUUACCCAGUUGGGUACGGAGAUUUCUAACUGCACCCACCAAUUUUGUAUUAAUUCGUGUAAUUAUGCAAAACUUGCACGUAAAUUAUAUUGUCCGUUGGAUUGUUGUUU